AUGGAAGCCAAGAGCAGCUCAGAUCCCCCGUCGUUGCAAGUGGACUUGGACCAAACACCCCGUCCCUCGAAGCGACUCCGCGACCUCGAUAGCGUGCCCCAACCCCCUCUCUCUCCGACCAAGAGCGCCUCAAGCGCUGCAGCAUCCGAAGCCUCCGAAGUCGAAUCACAUCAGAGUGGGCGCUUGAGCCCUGUGAAACAGCUCCAGUUGCUCGAAGACUUUGAGGAGCAGCCCGUUGUCUUUUGCAACUUUGGUGACGACGAGGAAGGGGAGGAGCCCGAAGACGUCACGGCGAUGCGCAGAGCGACUCAGCAAUUUGCAGAUGGUAUUGGAAUCUUGGGGUACCAUGACAUCAAUGCGGUCGUUUCCACUCUGCCGCCAAUAGAUAGGAUGCGAUUUCAGUAUUCUUGGGCAAACGACCUGGAGCAGCGUUGUGUCCUCGGUUCUAUGCCUUCGACGGCGCAGAUACUAGAAAUUGUAGAGACCGCACGAAAAUACGAUUAUGGAUCGGGUGUUUCCGAGGACGAGUGGAACUCUGAGGUCCAACAUCCGCUCCUCAAACUUGCGCGCAAUACGUCUAAGCACCGGCAGACACUCGACAUCCACAAUGUGAAAACGGCUCGAAUCGAACCCCCAUCGCUCGCGCGCUCCACUGUUCCUGGUCGCGUCGUUGACUACGUUGUCACCCUCAACCCGAACCCCGCUACCAAGCAAGCGUGGCGCCACCUCCGUUUGCUACCAGGCGCACCUAUAAAGUCCUGGAACCAUACGACUCGUGCUCGUCACAAUCCUAUCGCCAUCAAUAUCGAGACCAAAGGCCCCAUGAAGUCAUGGACAGAUGGCAAACCCCAAAUAGCGAUAUGGACGGACGCAUGGUUGAAACGCCUUGCCCUGAUUCGCGGCAAUACUAGCGGACAGUGGCCCGAUCUUCCGCUCCUGAUCGUCCAAGGCCAUGACUGGCAUUUGUUGAUUGUUCCGAAGAACGACCAGAAAAUGACCAUUUGGGAGCAAAUUGACAUGGGAAGCACAAGGUCGUGCUUUGAUGCAAUGAAAGUAGUGACGGUCCUUCACUGGCUUAUGGACUGGGCCGAGAGGGUGUGGCGACCGUGGCUCCUGUCAUUGCCAAAGUGA